GUAGCUAGCAAUUAUUAUUACCAGAUUGUCUAAUGGCCAAGCCUAUAUUUUUGUCUAGUAUAAUUUAGAAUACGUUUUAGCUUUUUGAGUCACGUUAAUUAUAGUAAAAAACAAUGGUUGUCAAAGUGUAUAUUAGUGGUAUUUCGGGAAACAAGGAAGUAAAAAAGAGACAGCAACGAGUUUUAAUGAUACUCGAUUCGAAGAACAUAAAAUAUGAAAUAAUCGACAUAACGGAGCCCGGGCGCGAGUCUGAUAAGGAUUUUAUGCAAAACAAUGCCAAAUCAAACGGCGGCACUGUCAGCGACCCCAACCCUCGCUCGCCACUUCCUCCUCAAGUGUUCAACGACGAAGAAUAUUGUGGUGACUAUGACCAGUUUGAUCUUGCCAAUGAAGUGGAUACCUUAGAGCAGUUUUUAAAAGUGGAAGUACCACCAGAAGAGCCUCAGGAAAACGUUGCAAAUGGAGACAUUGCAAAGGAAGAGCCCAAGGAUGAAGUCACAGAAAAUGAUACCAAUGGAACGGCAGAAGAUCAACAAAAUGAUGAAGCCAACGAGGCUUCGCAAAACAAAGACUCGCAUCCAGCGGAGGCAGACAGUCCUCCCACAGAUGAUGCAGCAUUAACAAAAGAGUCAUCAGUAGAAAAAGAGUCAGCAGACAGAUUAAAACCUGAUGAGGAAGAAGAUGAAGAAAAAACACAAAAUGAAACACCUGCGCCAGUAGAAGAAACAAAUUUAGAGAGUAAAAAAUCCUCAAAGGAGAAUACACCCUUAAAAGAUGAGAAUGUAAAUGAAAAUGGCGCAGUUAGCUCUCGGGAGCAAUCAAAUGAAAAAGAAGUUGCUGAAGUAGAGAAUUUAAAAGAGAAUCCCUCCGAAGCUCUCAUUGAAAGUGAACAGGCAGCUGCUGCUGAAUAAAUGCAGCUUGUUCCACGCUUAUCAGCUCAAAUCAUAUUAGCACUAAGCAAGCACUUCUCAUCUAAAUCAUUAUUUAUAACCAUUGUUCACAUUGCAAAAUUAUAUCGAGUCAUUGUAUAUAACAAAAGUAUUGUUGAGAUAUUGUGUUAUGUAGCUUUGUAUGAAGUUACUAAUUUAAUGGAGUGGCCUACGAUCAUUUAUCAUUAGACUGUAAUAUGUUUUACAUUAUUGUUCAAUGUGGAAUAUUAUAUUGUAACAAUUGUGUUUGUAAUUUUAAAAGUUUCAAACUAUUCAUUAUUAACACUUCUAGAUGUGCCUCCAUUUACAAGGAUUUAAUUUGAAUAUUAGAAGCAUGUUAAAGUUUUAAAUAUUUUGCCUUAGCUAUUCUAAAUCUUUGGUAUAAGAAGAUAGUUUUAGAAAAAAGAGCCGAAAAUCCAAGAGCUCAUAUUAUAAUGAAGUUUAAAAUAUUUAUAGGCUUAAUACAUGACAUUUAUUAUAAGAUGUACAAGCCGAUAUCAAGACUUUUAGUCUUAAGGUGCUGAUAUUUUUAACCCAAAAGCAUUCUUCUAUUUAAACAGUGCUUUUUGUAUGUAUUUUUUUUAAUUUGAUUAAUGAGUUUACACAUUUAUUCAUCAUAUUCUUAAUGUUAUUAAAGACAUUUUUUAACCAAUUUUUUUCAUAUAAAUUAUAUAAAUACAAUUA